ACCACAAGCCAGCGGAUGGAGAAGCGUGAGGAGCAGCCGGCAGAGCAGCAGCAGCAAGGGGUGACGAAUGGCCAGCAGAGCAGCACUGAAGAGCAGCAAGCAGGUGAAUGGUUCAUGAACCACCCAGCUCCAGCAAACAGCCGCUACAAACCCACUUGCUAUGAACAUGCUGCUAACUGUUAUACACAUGCAUUCCUCAUCGUUCCAGCCAUUGUGGGAAGUGCCCUCCUCCACCGGCUCUCUGAUGACCGAUGGGAAAAGAUAACAGCAUGGAUGUAUGGCAUGGGCCUCUGUGCACUCUUCAUUGUGUCCACAGUGUUUCACAUAGUUUCCUGGAAAAAGAGUCACUUAAGGACAAUGGAGCAUUGUUUUCACAUGUGUGACAGAAUGGUGAUCUAUGUCUUUAUUGCAGCAUCAUAUGCACCCUGGUUAAAUCUUCGUGAGCUUGGACCUCUGGCAUCUCAUAUGCGCUGGUUUAUCUGGCUAAUGGCAGCUGGAGGAACCAUUUAUGUAUUUCUCUACCAUGAAAAGUAUAAGAUUGUAGAACUCCUUUUCUACUUAGCCAUGGGAUUUUCUCCUGCCCUGGUAGUGACCUCUAUGAACAACACCGAUGGACUUCAAGAACUUGCUUGGGGAGGCUUAAUUUAUUGCAUGGGAGUGGUAUUCUUCAAGAGCGAUGGAAUCAUUCCAUUUGCCCAUGCCAUAUGGCACAUGUUUGUAGCGACAGCAGCUGCAGUUCAUUACUAUGCCAUUUGGAAGUACCUUUAUAGAAGCCCUGCAGACAUUAUCCGUCAUUUAUGAUUAAAAAAAAAAAAAAUCUGCACUAGGCCUCCAUAACAGUAUUAUUUGAUGUAAGGAAUUCAGAGGAAUUGAAAAAUUGCACAGAAAAAACUGCACUGACGUAGCUAGUUCUCUGACUACAUGUACUGUGAACAGAUGUUAUCUAAUGCGUCCUGGAAUUGCCCUUCAUACAGCAAGUACUGUAAAUAACCAAGGCACUAUAGUACAGUAAGGAUAGUCCAUUCCACAUGAGUAGAACUGGGGGUUCCUGAUGUUUACUAACCAGAAUUUUUGUAUUUUAGCCUAAUUUUACAGUUUUUACUAUAUGAAUUUUUUCUAAAUUAGUUAUUCAAAUAGUGAAAGUCAGUGCAAUAGCAAAGACAACUUCAUUUGUUCUAAAAUUGGUUUCUACCAUUUUUCCACUAGUCAUUUAAUAAACAUAAAUCAUGGAUGGAUAGAUCUAGUUUUACCACCCAUCAUCUUCACACAAUGACUUUUUAUAGAAAUUUUAAAUUGUUUUUUAAAUUUUAAAAGUACAUUUAUUGAAAUGAAAACAUACAGUUGUCAUUGGUGCAGUUAUUCAUAUUGCAAGCUCUUGCAAGAAAUUGUUACAUUCCACACACUGUACUGACAAACAAACAUUAUACCUCUUCCAAACGUUUUAUUACAAGUGUGCUUGUAACUACAAGUUUUUGAAAAUUACAGAUUUCAAAAUGUGGUUCUGCCAAGCUUGAAUGUGAAAACAUGCUGCUCACUAUAGUAUAUUUAGUUACAUAGGGCUUGUCUACAUGAUGGAGGAAAACAGAUUACGGGAUGUGAUUUGUAAAGUGCACUAACAUGCUGCACAUUAAUUGGUCCACGUAGACCCAGAUGCUGGACAUGAAGGUCACCCGAAUGCACUUUAACAUAAUACUGUUUCAGAUAGCACUCCAUUAAA